CCCUCCCUUUAGCUCCAACGACACUUCCGGCCUGCUCUCCUCUCAGCGCUCCAGAAAGUUCUGCACCGCGGAGCCUUUAUAAGAACCAGCCAUCUUCCGUCCCCAUUCUGCGCGGAGGCGAGGACAGUAACAGCGAGCUGCCAGUUGUCACCAUGGUUCACGAGACCGGCUACUACGAUCUACUGGGCGUCAGUCCCAAGGCUUCCCAGGAGGACCUCAAGAAGGCCUACAGGAAACUCGCUCUGAAAUAUCACCCCGACAAGAACCCCAAUGAAGGGGACAAGUUCAAGCUUAUAUCUCAAGCAUAUGAGGUGCUGUCAAAUCCAGAGAAGAGAACCCUUUACGACCAAGGAGGAGAACAAGCGAUCAAAGAGGGAGGCAUGAGUGGAGGAACGUCCCCCAUGGACAUGUUCAACAUGUUCUUUGGAGGUGGAGGAAGGAUGCAGAGGGAAAGAAGAGGGAAAAAUGUUGUUCACCAGCUUAGUGUUUCGCUGGAGGAGAUGUACAAGGGCGGCAGCAGAAAGCUUGGACUUCAGAAGAGUGUAAUUUGCGACAGUUGUGAAGGUUACGGAGGUAAGAAAGGUGCCCUGGAGAAGUGCUCAAGUUGCAAAGGACGAGGAGUGCAGAUCAAGGUGCAACAGAUUGGCCCAGGGAUGAUUCAGCAGAUCCAAAGCAUGUGUGCAGAAUGUCAGGGACAGGGCGAGAAAUUCAACUCCAAAGACCGCUGCAAGAACUGCAACGGACGCAAAGUAGAACGGCAGAAGAAAAUUCUUGAAGUUCACAUUGAUAAAGGUAUGAGAGAAGGUCAGAAAAAUACAUUCACUGGAGAAGGCGACCAGGAACCCCGGGUGGAGCCUGGGGAUGUAAUAAUAGUUCUGGAUCAGAAGGAGCACCCUUUGUUCCAGAGAAAAGAAACUGAUUUGACAAUGAAGAUGAACAUUAAACUCGCCGAGGCUCUGUGUGGUUUCAAGAAGACGAUCCAAACAUUAGACGACAGAAUGCUCAUCAUUAGCUCACACCCAGGUGAAGUAAUCAAGCACGGUGACAUUAAAUGUGUUCAGAACGAGGGCAUGCCAAUCUACAGGGAACCUUUUGAGAAGGGACAGCUUUUCAUUAAUUUUCAGGUGGACUUUCCAGAGAAAGGCUGGCUACCAGAGCAUCUCAUGUUCCAGCUGGAAAGAUUGCUUCCUCCCAGGGACGACGUGAUGAUUACUGACGACAUGGAGGAGGUUCAACUUUGUGAGGUGGAUGUGCGGACACAUCAGCGAAGUACCAGUGGGGAACCUUAUGAGGAAGAUGAGGAGGGUCCAAGAAGUGGAGUGCAAUGUCAGACGCAGUAAUCAAACAAAAAAAAAUCUGUUGUAGAGCAUGUGGUUUUUCUGUUUUUUGGAUUCUUUCCUUGGUGAUUUAUGCUUUUAGAGGUCUGCCUUUCAGAGUAAUAUAAUGGAAAUGGGUAGCAUUAGGUGUAAAACGUUUGCCGACGCAAUUUUGAGCAAUUCUCCUGGUUCAGAUAUGCAAGUGGAGUAUUCAUUGCACGUUUCAUUUGUGCACCAAGUUGGCAGAACUGUAUGUAGGCUAACUGUGCUAUGUCUCUACUUAAAAUCCACGUCUUUUUAUAUGUGUGUGUUUUUCUUAAAUCUAUGGCACAUAUUUUCAAAAGGCCCAAAACAAUUACUUCUAUGCUUUCUGUGAAGGUAAUUUUCAAAAUUGUGACAAACUGUUGUUCUUCAAUAAAAGUUCCCAAAUGCUUCACA